GGACACAGAAUGUUGGAAACAAAAUACCAGAAAGUCAGGGAGAGACUGCAGGGAAUUGACGGUGUGUUGAUAGCUUACAUUGGUUUACUUUAAUCAUUGCUGUUGUUGCAUUAUAGGUUGACUAUCUGACAUAGUCGUACUUUAGUGACUCUGCGACAUACAAGUGUUUAGUGGAACAACGCUUCCAGUGCUGUGAAAUAACAAAUUGCCCAUUCAAAAAACAGGAGAGGAAAAAAGUCCGCACAGAACGGGUUUCCCUGGAGUGAUAUGGGUCCUGUCCCCCCCUCUUCCAGCUUGUGGUCUUUGUAGAUCUGAGUUGGAUGUGUCAGCCUGCCCCCCCAUCCCUGCAUCUUCAGGCCAAUGGCAGCGUGACCAUGGUGGGUGUGGGCGUGAAGCUAGAGGAAGAGGAGGGACAUGGAGACGGGGGACUGGAGCCCCAGCGAGUCUCGCCCUGCGAUUGGUCCAUGCAGCCGCCCAAUGAGAAAGCAGAGAGGCGCAUGGGAACCCCGACCAGCACGCACUCAUCCACAGAGGGCUCUCCCCGGAGGGAACAGGCACGCCGGCCGAGCUCUCUGGGCCAGGACGGGGGAAGGGGGAGUCACUACCGAGCGGACGUGCAGCCCAUCGUUGGCGAAGUGGUGCCCACCAUUGAGAAGCUCCUGGGCUGUGACUGGAGGGAACGCUUUUUGGGGAAGGGAGCAAUGAGCGGCACUCAGCUGAAAGGCACGCCGGAGAGCCUGGCAGAGAAGGAGCUGCAGCUGCUGGUGAUGAUCAACCAGCUGUCCACCCUGAGGGAGCAGCUCCUGGGCGCCCACUCGGAGCAGAGGAACAUGGCCGCGCUGCUCCUGGAGAAGCAGCAGCAGCAGAUGGAGCUGGCCCGGCAGCAGCAGGAGCAGAUCGCUAAGCAGCAGCAGCAGCUGAUCCAGCAGCAACACAAAAUCAACCUGCUGCAGCAGCAGAUACAGCAGGUGAACAUGCCUUACGUGAUGAUCCCCGCCUUCCACCACAACACGCAGCCUCUCCCCGUCACCUCGGACACACACCCGCAGAUGACCCUGCCGCUCCAGCCAAUCCCCUGCAAGCCAGUUGAGUAUCCCAUGCAACUCCUUCCGAACCACCACCCCGCCCCAGGAAAAAGUGGUACAGUCCACCGACAGGAGACGAGCCAGCCGCUCAACCUGACCUCCAAACCGAAAGGCACGCCCAGCCCCCAGAGCCUGGAGCUGCCCUCCGUCCACCUGCGGGGCCUGGAGCUCUCCUCUGCUCACCUGCAGGGGGGCUACGGACCCAGAGACCUGCAGCACAGCCCGCCGCAGCCCGCCCUCAGCCUGGGGUUUUUGGGCGAGGGCGACGUGGUGACCCAGGCUAUCCACGACGCCCGCCAGCUGCUCAGGGGUCCCGGGCCGGCGGGCCGCGAUAGGGACCGGGACCGGGACCAGGACCGGGACCGGGAGAGGGACCGGGAGAGGGACCUGCUCGCGCGGAAGGAGGCGUCCCGGGUCGAGAGGCUGACCCCCAGGGAGAGGGGUGGAGACCCCCAGGGUCACAGACCCGGCGAAGAUCAUCACAGCAGCGACUCUGAGGCAGGGGCCAUGUCGGCCCCGGGGGUGGGGGGUUUCGCCGAGGCCCGCACCCCGUCCUCGGGACACAUCAAGCGGCCCAUGAACGCCUUCAUGGUGUGGGCCAAGGACGAGCGGCGGCGCAUCCUGCAGGCCUUCCCCGACAUGCACAACUCCAGCAUCAGCAAGAUCCUGGGCUCCCGCUGGAAGUCCAUGUCCAACCAGGAGAAGCAGCCGUACUACGAGGAGCAGGCGCGGCUCAGCCGCCAGCACCUGGAGCGCUACCCCGACUACAAGUACAAGCCCCGCCCCAAGCGCACCUGCAUCGUGGAGGGGCGUCGGCUGCGCGUGGGCGAGUACAAGGCCAUGAUGAAGAGCCGUCGCCAGGAGCAGCGCGGGUCGUACCCUCCCAGCCAAUCAGAUCAGCAGCUUCACUAUCCAUCCGGUGACGUCCAGUACCCCAGCCCGCCCGUGUCCUUGGCAACGCUCCCCCUGCACCCCGCCCUCCUGGAGAGGUACCUGCCCCGCGGUGUGGAGCCCCAGCAGGCGCGGGUCGUGGAAGGACAGGGGGGCCCCCCGGAGAGGCACCCCUACAGCGAGGGGGAGGACAGUGACGUGGGUGAGCGCAGCGAGGGAGAGCUGGUGGUCCUGACUGACUGACUGAGGGAGGGAGGGACGGAGGGAGAGGGGCAUAGGGGUCAAGGGUCAGGCCCGCCCACCGCAGAGAGUGACGGGCACAAUCGUUUCGGGGUCCCAGUGGCCCCCCACUUCAGGGCUGACCGGCAGCACGGUGUGUGCUUCUGGGGGGUGUGAAGACACGGCUGUUUUUGGGCAGAAGCACACCGUCGUUUAGAAAAACCUUUUUUUAAAUUUUUUUUUUGCUUAUUCGUUUAAAUUUGCGUAAAUUGAUCGUUAUAGAUAAACUGAACAAUCCUUUUUUUUGCGGAUUUUAGUUCAUUGCGGUAAGAAUUCGAAAAGCGUGAGCAGGGCUUGCUGGCAUUAGCCGAUCAAAAAGCAGGAAGUUGCUCCUUACUGACCUCAUCACAGUCCGAGUUACAUGUUUUGUACACGAAUGCUUUUUGUUAUUGUGAUGUCGAGGAGAAGCAAAUGUGAUGGAAUUAUAGGGGGUGGACAUCAUUAUAAAGGACUCAUAAAACUGCAUGCGAUGUAAAAUCCCAUCUGAUCUCAUAUCACCUCUACUGCGAGUCUGUUUUUCUCUCAUAACAACUGUUUUAUUAAACAAAAAAGUAUUUCCAUAAAAGCUCCAAAAGAUAAUUUGAAAGCCCAGGGAAACCAUUCGGUUGGACGAAACAUUCAUGUUUGUUUCAUUUUUUUUUAUCGCCCAGCUAUUUGAACCACGGUACAUCAGGCAGUUUCCUGGGGGAACAUUUUUAACUUUUGGUUUUUUUCCCCUGUAACCUUCAUAACUAAUAACCAAUAUAAAUUACCGUAAAAGUGUAUAACUGUAUGGUAAUUUACUGAUCACACUUUUUGAAAUAGGCACUUCUUUUAACCCCUGCUCUUUUAAAAAUUUGUCUUCAUAAAUCCUUCAAUUACUUCAAAUUCUCCAAAUUCCUCUGCUGUAUUAUGUAUAGCUGGGCAACCCCCCCCCCCAACUUCCC